AUGUCUUCAACCACCGGCAAUCCAUCAUCAGGUACAUCAUCUGGUGUUCGUGCACACGAGUCCGGCAAUACGGCUUCAUUUCAGCCUAAAAUCGAGGAAAUUGUCGACGACAAUGAUGAUGACAAUGAUAACAAUGUUGCUAUUGGCGCUGAUAUUAAAGACAAAGAGAGUGAUGAAAUUGCAUUCUUGGAUAUCUAUAUCCGAUUCAAUCAAGAUCAAGAACGAGACUAUUGUUUCCAAAUCAAUACCAAGACGACAUUUGGCGAUUUGUUUAAAAUUUUCAAGACGUUGCCAAUUGCAUUGAGACCCAGUGUUUUUUAUCAUCCACAGCCAAUUGGGUUUCAGAAAUCUACUCAUCCGGGGUACUUGACCGAAGAUGGUAAUUUGUUGUUUGAUGAUGAUGCAGGUAAACAAGUGUCUUUGAUUAUCCCAAGUGAUGAAUUGGUUAAUGUUCACGUUUGGCCGGGACAAUUGAUUUUGCCAGUUUGGAAGUUUGAUUAUGUGACGUGGUAUAUUGUUCUUGGAUUGUUGGCUGGCUGGUUAUAUACCGAUUUGCCAGAUUUCGUUAGUCCUACUCCUGGUAUUGGGUUGACGAGCUGGGGUACCAAGUUUCUUGCUUAUCUUGCCAAAUUAGUUGGGUUUGUUAAUGUUGAACGUGAAUUGCUCAGGGACUUGGAAGAGCCAACUUCGAUCACGUUGCAAUGCUUUUUUUUCGGGUUCCAUAUUCUUAAAGUCAUUGUGCUUUUCUUGUUUUUGUUCACGGGAGCAUUCAAUCCAAUGAAGCUUUUCCGUUUACCAGGUGGUGUGAAAUUGGACGUCACUCAGGAAGAAUUGCUUGCUUUAGGAUGGACUGGAACUAGAAAAGCCACUAUUGAUGAGUACAAGGAUUACUAUAGAGAAACCAAGAUUAAAGAAUAUGGCGGGUUAGUACCAGCUCACCAAAAGGGAUUGUUCAACACCAUUAGACAUUUGGGUGUUCAUUUGAAGGAAGGUGAAGGUUUCAACACUCCAUUGACUAAACAGUAUAUGGAAGCUACUGUUAAGCAAUUGGAAAAAGAAGCCAAGGAAAACCCGCAAGAUUUCAAAUUACAUUUGAAUUACGAAUGGUUUGCCGUCUUGGGUUACACAUUUGCUAAAUUUGCCGAAGGAUUGGACACUAAACUGACUGCAGAGUUGAUUAAACAAUUUAGAAGAUAUGGAUUGUUUUAUAGUGAUGCUACUAUUAGAAAUAUUAUCAGUGCUAGAAAACAUCAAGAUCCUCAAGUUGCUCAAGAUAUUGCUGAUUUACCACAACCAAGACAAAAUACAGAGGCAAGUCAAGAACCUACUGAAGCUGAAAUUAAGGAGACUAUUGAUGAGGCUAUUAGACAGACCCAUGGCGAAUCGAAUUAA